AUAGUUCAGUAUUUUGUUGCGGGAAAUUUAAAAAUAUUUUCGUGACUAGAUGGAGUACAGCUACGACUAGAAGGGACUUUUUGCAUCAGGUUAGGAGAUCAAUUUAGCUAACCAUAAAACCUAAACCUGUCUCCUAACCUACCACAUUAAUUAUCCUAACCUGCUACAAAAAAAACGACUUCCGAUCGAAGCUGUAUUCCGCUAGUCAGAGCCCUUGACCCGGAGAGAAGCAAACAAAUGAGGGGAAUACAUUUUUUUCCGUUUUAGUGUUUUGAUUGAUAAAGUCUGACAACAUGGACGACUUCGUAAAAAAUCAAUUUCAGAACAAUGUCAAGAUUUACACUGAUCAUCUGGAGAGAAUCGUUCAGAAGUAUUCAAAGCUGCAUGAUGAUGGGACUGAGGUGAACCUGGAGGACAUAACUCCCCAAGAUGUGAGCCGUUGCAUGUUCAAGUCAGAGUUGGCGCUGUCAAAGCUGGAAUUGUCAAAGAGUGAUGCUGUCCUGGCAGAGCUGUCACUAGGAGAUAUUUCUGAAAUACACAGGCCACAUGACACCACUGGAGACUUCAAGAUGGACAUCUCAUACCACCAGUAUGAUGCCAGCAGUGAUUGUGUCGAUGAGGGUUCUGUAGACACGAGUGCUGUCACUGCCCCCAGUAACGAUUAUGUUAUGCAUCAGGCUGCCGAGAACAGCCACUGGGUGGACAAUUCCAAGGUGAAUGAGACUAGAAGUAACCUGUGGGGGGCACCAGAGGAGCAGGAUGGGGAGCUGGAGCGCUCUCUGAGCGGUCAACGGAGCACUCUACAGGAGCUGUAUCCCAGCAUGCUCAGUCAGAUAGGAGAGGCCUGGAGGCGCCAACAUGUGUCCGACGCGGCUGUAGGGGUGCUAAGGAGGUACCACAGACUCAGGUGGUCGUCUAACAGAAACCUCAACCGCACCUUCAACAGCACCCUGAGACCAGCUCACAGAAAACCUGACCUCAACAUUAGCCAAUCCAUCCUCCCAACAUCUCAGAACACCACACUGAAUGUGAGUAACCCCAAGAGUCCAAAGUAUAACCUCAAAAGGACAAACGGCACCCAUCCUCCUCCACAGACCAAGGUCAUCCUCCAGAAGUGGCCAGCAGAGAGGCAGUCACCCAGGAAGCGGACAAAUUCAGGAAACGGACAACCGUCUCGCCCUUUUCCACUGAUGGACUUCUCCUCUUGUCCUUCCUCUGCAGGCUCCAGUCCUGCCACCUCUGCUCCCUCUUCCCCUCCCUCUGCUCCUCCCUCUUCCCCCCCCUCUGCUCCCUCCUCCCCUCCCUCUGCAGCCUCCCCCCUAAACCAAACCUUCACGGUGUCUAUGUCCUCUGCCCCACCCACCAGGGUUAGGUAUACUACCCUUGUCUUCAGUCCUGACAGAUCUGAAGGCCCUUCCACAGCAGGAGGGUUGAGCAGCCCAUCUCUGAGGUGUGCCGCCCCCAGUCAGAGGAUUUUCACAGCAGUACGCCCUGUGGUCAGUAUGGACAUGUCUUCAGACACAGAGAGGUCUGUCUACCGCUCCUCAGCAGCACAGAGUCCCUACAGAGCCAGACUGCUGAGCUGGGAAGGCCAGCGUGCAUCUCCUAACACUGACCAUAGAAGCCUCAAAUCAGGCGUUGCUGGAUAUCAUCAGAGAAACAUGGUGACGGUGGAACCCAGAUCUUCCCUUGCGUUUUCCCCCUCUUUUCAGAGUCCUCUGUCACCCGGGAAGCUCCACCACCUAGACGCCUGCAGUACCUCCCAACUGAAAGUCCACUCAUCUCGAGUCACCCAUCAGGAGUCUACUGCUGGGGCAGCUCAGCCAAAGCUCCAGCGACACUAUUCCCUGGAUUCAUUCUCCCCAUCCAUCAGUCUAAGGAACUCCACUAAGCAGAUCGAUGAGGACUUCCAGAAGCUCUACCACAAGCUUGUGUGUCAGGGCAAAUACCACAAGCUUGUCUGUCAGGGCAAAUCGGUCCCCUCCUGUCGCAUGUGUGAGAGGAGAGCAGAGACCACCAGAGGCCCCUCCUCCUCUGCUCUGGCUGCCCUGGCCCUGUCUCCUCACCACUCUGUCAUGAGGAAGCGUCGCAGGGAGCUGGUCCAGAAACAUUCCCCAGAGUCCAAACGCUUCAGAGACAACUCCUGCGUGUACUCACCAGGAUCUCUCCGCCAGCGGAGAGAAAUGAUCAGGUGCCAGAAUCACUUAGACAGCCACUUGUCCUCCACCCAGAGGGACAUCUCCUGUGACUCCCACACCUGGAGCCCGCAUAGGGCCAGCCUGUCUCAGAUCCGCCACAGCCCCCAUCACCACUCAGACGCAGCAGUCAGGAAAGCUGCAGGCUCCUGGUCUGGCCUGCAUGUUGAUCAGCCCUCUCCUGCUUGUAGAGUGAAAUACAACAGAUUUGUUGGGAUUCAUCCAGGAAAGUCACCUGUCAAGGCAGAGUGCCAAUGUGGCUGUUCGCCAAGUUUCUCUAGGAGACAGCUUCUGUAUAAAUGAUGUCAGCCCACGAAGGCCUGCACCUCUAGAUGAUAUGCCUGACUGUUAAAUAUGUUGCUGUUUUAUAUAUCAGCUUUUAAAACAGUUCUGAUGUUCCAAUUACUCACUCAUGUUACAAUGAACAGUGUUCCCACAAGGUCUUUUUAUGCCCCCGUGGGAUAAUAGCUGUUUUUUUUGAAUGGAUAGAUGCAUAAAAUAUACUAAAUUACUUUGUAAUAAAAUAAGUUAGAAAUGUUUUGGGCUGUAUGGAUUUAUUUUAUCACUUUAAUUUUCUUACAUAUCACAAUAGGGAAAAUCUAAUUAUGAUCAACAUAGAAAAUAAUCUGAAAUGUACUUUACAGGAGGAUUCAUGUAAAUAAGGGAGACAGAGGAUUCAACUACUUUAAACAGGUCUGCAUAUGUAUUUUCCUAUUGAAAGAUUUUGGGCUAUAUGAAAUGAAGUUUCCACUAAACAUUGUUUAGUCUUGUGCGUCUUACAGCUGAUAAGGCAACUUGUAACAUCUCUCCUAUGAGAGGAUAGAAAUAAGGGGGUGGAACACAGCUACUUUCACCUCACAAAAUGUUGCUUUUCAGUAACAAUGGAAUGUAAUCUUACGUGGAAUGAAAAGGCUGGAUUCAAAUGUAAUACAUUGACAUGCAUACAGUUGUGUUGCCAGAA